CAUUUAACCCUAGCUCGCCAUCACUCACCCUUCUCAUCUCUGCAACCGUAACACAGCCAUAACUCCCUCUUCCAACAACGCCGCUGUCUCCCUCUCUCAACCCGUCACAACCCCUCCCUCCAACCCGUCGUAGCACCUACGUCCAUCCCUCCCUCCUCGCUCAUGCCCCACGCCACCGUCUCCCUCUCUCACACGUGUCGCGCCAACCGUCAGCACCACUCGUCAGCGCAACUCGUCAGCGCCGCUCGUCAGCAGCAACCCGUCAGCGCCAACCUUCAUUCUGCUAGUGCCGACGUCUAUGGUGUUUAUCCAUGAAUCGGCGGCAGGAUCUGGAAGGAAACGAUCGGUGGCAUCUCUGUCGAGCUCGGCGCCGGAUGCAUCUCUGGCGGUGGCGGUAAAGAUUCGAUUCCUGGGUAUUCUGGCUGAUAUAUUGAAAUCCCUUGGUGACAACAAGAAGCACAUGAGAGAAUGUGCACUCAAUACUUUGGAUUUGUGGCUUGCUGCUGUUCAUCUUGAUAAAAUGGUUCCUUAUAUUACAAUUGCCUUGAUGGAUUCUAAACUUGGUGCGGAAGGGCGUAAAGACCUUUUUGAUUGGUUAUCUAGGCAACUUUCUGUGCAAAGCAGUUUUGCUAAAGCUGCACAACUUCUAAAGCCAGCCUCUACUGCAAUGACAAUUAUACAAGAACUGGUAGAGCAUUAUAGUGCUAAAGGGUGGUUACAGCGGGUUGAGCAAUGUGUACUUCACAUGGAUAUUUCAUCAUUGGAUUUUAAUCAGGUGGUGACAUUAUGUCGGGAGCAUGGCCUGUAUAGCGCCCUGGUGUAUCUCUUUAAUAAAGGACUAAAUGACUAUAGGGCACCUCUGGAGGAGCUCUUUGAAGUCUUACAAAAUAGCCAAAAGGAUAGUGCUGUUGCACUUGGGUUUGUUUCUGCUUCUAACAGGUGA